UCCAUAGGCUAGCCUAUGCAUCGGUUAUUGAAAAGAAUCAGCACUGUCCGGCAAAAAAAAAUCACGUGCCGUCGAAAAAUAAAGAAUUAAGUGAGGGCGAGAAGCAAAGGGUUUAUGGAUUUAUUUUCUCUAUAAUCCGAGUGCGUGUGGCAAAUCAGUAGGCUACACAGCAGAACCGCCAUCUGUCUCUUCCGCGCCGAGCACUCAAUUUCGGUCCAGAUCGGCGAGAGACAUCUGCUUUCUGCUGGGCUGGUGGCUUCGACGCUACCCUGUCCACCCUAUACUAUAUAGGAGAGACCACUCUCUCCGUCUGCGAAAGGGAAAGUGGGAGUCCGGAAAUGAUAAUAGGACGAAUCACAUUUGAAACGAAAAACAAUGGACCCCGAGCUUUCUCUGCUUGACCGGUUCUUCUGUUAUACAUUUUGUUUUUGAACUGAUUAGUGAUACGGAGAAUAGUCUAUCACACGAAGAAUGCAUGACUUCGUUAUGCUCUGCUGAAGCCUGGGAUGGUGACUGUCAGAGGGUCUUAGUGUGUCGAGGGGGGUGAUUCCACCGACAGCCAAAAGGAUUUUUUUUUUGGUCUCGGCAGGUCAAAGAAGGCUAUUGGUGUCUUGGUGACACCAGUUUGCGGUUAUGUUUGUAUUGUGAAACCUUCACAGAUUUUGUGAUUUGUUUUGGGAUUAUACUGCAGCACCCAGGGAUAUUUCCAGUCUUUAAUUGAGGACAUUUUGACAGUUGCACGACGUGGAGGGAAUAUUAUUCACCUAUCAUACAAUUAAGUCGAAGAUUGAGUAGCCUGUGAAUGGUCUUGAAACUAUCGCAGUCCACGAUGUACUAUUGGGCAAUUUAUUAAACUUUCGCAAGGACAAGACUAUUUUGUGCAGGUUUGUAAAUUACGUUUGACUUCUGAAACUACUGUACAAUUUCCAGAGGCUACAGUUGGAAACAAUAGGUCCGUAUCUCAUGUCGGCAGGUAUUUUAGAAAUAACUUUUUGAAAGAAAGACGUCAAAGCAGUUCAAUAUUCAUUAUUUUGCCAAAUGAUUCGAACCUGCAGGAACCUGUUUUAGGCUAUAAUUAUGUUGGUUCAAUCAAUCUAAUCGCUGUUUUCAUUAACCAUUUUCCGGUAGGGUCGAGUGAGCUUGAAUAUACUUUGAUGGUUAUUAAUUUAGAUAUAGGCUUAAUAUUAUUUUUACACCAGACCCUCCCUCGUUCACUCAUAGUGCCUCUCAAAUAUUGACCAUCUUUGACUGUGAAUUCAGCCCCACGGCGAAACUGGAUAUUGUAUGAAAAACGCGUUUUACGCACAAGCUGUGUACUGGAACUUGGCGGUGGUACAGUUUGGCCUGGGUGAGGUUCCGUGGAAAUGGGAGACAACAUGUCAAAGAGAUUAAAACUGGUAACAGCUUCUGAAUCAGAGAUGGAGGAGAGGUCUUUUGUGAACCCGUACACAGACUGGGACCAAGGAGUCUUCACAUCUUCAAACUCAGGAGAAGACAGUGAUGGCAGUGAACCAUUUGAUACCAACGGAAAGUUGAGCGGUGCGUUCCAGAGGAAGUUGGAGAAUAAGAUCAAAGACCUGCUGGUGCAGAUGGAGGAAGGGCUCAAGACAGCCGACCCCAACGACUACUCCACAUACACCGGCUGGACAGGCAUAGCUCUGUUGUACCUGCAGCUGCACCGUGUGACCAGUGAGGCCUCCCACCUGCAGAGGGCGCUGGACUACGUGAAGCGCACCUUGAGGAGCCUGAGUGGCCGCCGCGUCACCUUCUUGUGUGGAGACGCCGGGCCGCUGGCUGUGGGAGCCGUCACACACCACCGCCUGAAGAACCAGGCAGAGGCACAGGAGUGUAUCAGCAAACUUCUCCAGCUCCAGCGGACUGUUUUGUCGGCUGACUCUGACGUGCCUGACGAGCUGUUGUACGGUCGGGCUGGCUACCUCUUCGCCCUGCUCUACGUCAACAAGGAGAUCGGCGCAGACACCGUUGAUGAGACCAUCAUCACUCAGGUGGUGACCGCCAUCUUGGAGUCGGGGAAGAACCUGUCCAAAGAAGAGAAGAAGACGGAGCGCUGCCCUCUGCUGUACGAGUGGCAUAAGAAGCAGUACGUCGGGGCCGCACAUGGUCUGGCUGGCAUCUACUACAUGCUCAUGCAGCCCAGUGCCAAAGUGAAUCCUGAUAUCCUGAAUGAACUGGUGAGGCCCAGCAUUGACUACGUACGGCACAAAAAGUUCCGCUCCGGCAACUACCCUUCAUCACUUAGCAACGAGACCGACCGACUCGUUCACUGGUGCCACGGGGCCCCGGGAGUCAUACACAUGCUUAUCAUGGCACACAAGCUGUUUAAGGAGGAGAAGUACCUGAAGGAUGCGGUGGAGUGCGGUGAGGUGGUGUGGCAGAGGGGUCUGCUCAGGAAGGGCUACGGCAUCUGCCAUGGCACCGCCGGCAACGGCUACACCUUCCUCUCCCUCUACAAACUCACACAGGAGAAGAAAUACCUGUACCGUGCAUGCAAGUUUGCCGAGUGGUGCCUGGACUACGGGACGCACGGAUGCCGUAUCCCUGACCGGCCAUACUCGCUGUUCGAAGGCAUGGCAGGAGCCAUCCACUUCCUCUCAGACAUCACCCAGCCCGAGGCCUCCUGCUUCCCCGCAUUUGAACUUUGACCCCAGAGCGGGCUUGUGUGUGGCGACCAGCACUGGAAGAAGGACUGACCAGGGGGGCGGGGGGGGG